CUAUAUUUUGUGGUUGUGGGCUGCUGCUGCGUUUUGGAGCCAAAAGUUGUGCAAAGGACCUCCACCGCUCGCCCAUAUAUUCACCAUAUCAAUUCCACAAUUUGCACAUCCUCACGCUCAGCAAACACAGAAUAGAUCGAGUUCGUCGUCAUGGCAGAAACCAACGCUGCGAGAGAAGAAUCCUUCGGCUGCGCUAUGCGGCUGGUGAUGGGCUCGGUGCUCCCCAUGACACUGCAGGCCGCCAACGACUUGGGAAUCUUCGCCGUGAUUGCGGAAGCCGGCCGUGAUGCUAAGCUCGGCGCGCCGGAGAUCGCCUCCAAGUUGAGCUCCAAGAACCCAGAUGCGGACGUUAUGGUGGAUCGGAUUCUUAAGCUGCUGGCUACUCACUCCGUCGUGGAUUGCACCCUGGACGACCAAGACGGCGGCUCCGGUGGCCAGCACCGGCUCUACAGCUUGAAUUCCGUGUCUAGGUACUUCGUCAAGAAUGAAGAUGGCGUCUCGUUGGCUCCUAUGAUGUCCUUGAUUCAAGAUAAAGUUUUCUUGGAUAGCUGAAAAAAGUGGGAUAUCGAAACAUACUAGGCACUAGAUAGAGCCUCAACCUCCCACCGUAGCGCUUUCGUGAACCUUAUAAGUUGCCUGAACUGAGAAAUACUGUGCUAGAAGGCGGAGUCCCGUUUGAUAGGGUUCAUGGGAGUCAUGCCUUUGAGUACCAAGGGCUAGAUCCGAGGUUCAAUCGGGUUUUCAACGCAGCAAUGUUCAAUCACACCUCCAUUGUCAUAACGGAGGUCCUCAAUUGCUACACUGAACUGGGACAGCUGGAGCUGAUCGUCGACGUCGGCGGCGGCUUAGGACACACCAUAAAGGCCAUCACUUCCAAGUACCCGAACGUUAAAGGGAUCAAUUUCGACUUGCCCCAUGUUAUAAGACAGGCUCCCUCGAUUCCCGAUUAAUUAAUGGUGGGGUUGGAGACUGGAGUUGAGGUGCAGGUGUUGAGAACGUGGCGGGGGACAUGUUCGAAAGCGUUCCCCAAGGAGAUGCCGUCUUCAUGAAGUGGAUACUUCAUGACUGGAGCGAUGAGCGGUGUUUGAAGCUGCUGGAGAACUGCUACAAAGCAAUUCCAAAGGAGGGAAAAGUGAUAGUUCUGGAAGCUGUGGUGCCUUUCAUGGCGGAAAAUAGCACAUGCUCACAGUUAUCUACUGCACUCGAUGUGUUCAUGAUGACACAGAACCCAGGAGGGAAGGAGCGAACGAAAGAAGAAUUCUUGGAUCUGGCAACUCGAUCUGGGUUUAGAGGAAUCGACUUCAAAUAUUGUGUGUACAAUUUUUGGGUUAUGGAGUUCUUCAAAUGAUCGAAGCGCCAGUUUGACUGUCAUGUUUGCUCCCUUGAGAAUUGGGGCAAAGGGGAACGGGUAAAGAUGCAUAAUUAAUACUAUGAAAUCUCUUUCUUUGUUUCCGAACCGAAUAAACCAGUUUGAAUAUUCAGUGUAAUCGAUGGUUCAGAUAAGUAUUCAUAUUUAUUUGCGUAAAAAUUUGAUCAUAUGGUUUUGUUUUCGGUGCACUCACUUUUGUGGGUGCAUUCAAUUCAUUCGUCUUAUAAUCGUC